GUGACGUGGUGGACAUUUACCAGAGGGAGUUUCUGGCACUGCGAGACCGUUUGCACGCUGCUGAGCAGGAGAGCCUGAAGCGCUCUAAGGAGCUAAACCUGGUGCUGGACGAAAUCAAGAGGGCAGUGUCCGAGAGGCAGGCGCUGCGGGACGGAGAGGGCAAUCGCACUUGCGGCCGCCUUACUGAGGAUCCGCGACUGAAGCCGUGGAACGUCUCGCACAGGCACGUGCUUCAUCUGCCCACCGUCUUCCACCAUCUGCCGCACCUGCUGGCCAAGGAGAGCAGUCUGCAACCCGCAGUGCGGGUGGGCCAGGGCCGCACCGGAGUGUCCGUGGUGAUGGGCAUUCCAAGCGUGAGGCGCGAGGUGCACUCGUACCUGACUGACACAUUGCACUCGCUCAUCUCGGAGCUGAGCCCGCAGGAGAAGGAAGACUCAGUCAUCGUGGUGCUGAUCGCCGAGACGGACCCACAGUACACCUCGGCAGUGACAGAAAACAUCAAGGCCUUGUUCCCCACAGAGAUCCAUUCUGGGCUCCUGGAAGUCAUCUCCCCUUCCCCUCACUUCUACCCUGACUUCUCCCGCCUUCGAGAGUCCUUCGGGGACCCCAAGGAGAGAGUCAGGUGGAGGACCAAACAGAACCUGGAUUACUGCUUCCUCAUGAUGUAUGCACAGUCCAAAGGCAUCUACUAUGUGCAGCUGGAGGAUGACAUUGUAGCCAAGCCCAACUACUUGAGCACUAUGAAGAACUUUGCCCUCCAGCAGCCCUCUGAGGACUGGAUGAUCCUGGAGUUCUCCCAGCUGGGCUUCAUCGGGAAGAUGUUCAAGUCAUUGGACCUGAGCCUGAUUGUGGAAUUCAUCCUUAUGUUCUACCGAGACAAGCCUAUUGACUGGCUCCUGGACCACAUCCUGUGGGUGAAAGUCUGCAACCCUGAGAAAGAUGCGAAACAUUGUGACCGGCAGAAGGCCAACCUUCGGAUCCGCUUCAAGCCGUCCCUCUUCCAGCAUGUGGGCACUCACUCCUCACUGGCGGGCAAGAUCCAGAAACUGAAGGAUAAGGAUUUUGGAAAGCAUGCUCUCCGGAAGGAGCAUGUGAACCCCCCAGCGGAGGUGAGCACAAGCCUCAAGACGUACCAGCAUUUCACCCUGGAGAAGGCCUACUUGCGAGAGGAUUUCUUCUGGGCCUUUACACCUGCAGCAGGAGACUUCAUCCGCUUCCGCUUCUUCCAGCCACUGCGCCUUGAGCGGUUCUUCUUCCGCAGUGGGAACAUUGAGCACCCAGAAGAUAAACUCUUCAACACUUCUGUGGAGGUGUUGCCUUUUGACAAUCCCCAGUCAGAGAAGGAGGCCCUUCAAGAGGGCCGCUCAGCCACUCUACGGUACCCUAGGAGCCCUGAUGGUUACCUCCAGAUCGGCUCCUUCUACAAGGAUGGAACCAAAGGGGAAGUGGAUCCUGCCUUUGGGCCCCUGGAAGCACUGCGCCUCUCCAUCCAGACGGACUCCCCAGUGUGGGUCAUCUUGAGUGAGAUCUUUCUGAAAAAGGCUGACUAAAUGGAAGGCUUCCAUUUUAGAAGAGCUUUUUCUUGGGCGCCCGCUGUGUGCGGCGCGAACACUGGAAUGCAUACACUACUUUAUGUGCUGUGUUUUUUAUUCUUGGAUACAUUUGAUUUUUUCACGUAAGUUCGCAUAUACUUCUAUAAGAGCGUGACUUGUAAUAAAGGGAUAAUGAAGUGUA